UGAAACAGACACAGUUAGAGAUCUCACAACUGUGUAAGAGCAGCAACGCAUACAGUCACACAUCCACAAAGCAUCGUUGCCAUGCCAAGCCUAGUCACAUCCCCACCCAGGGAGCUGCAGCACCUCAGCAUGGACACUGACAACAAAAAGGCAGGAAAAUGCAGGGGAGGAAACCUGAAGUCUCGACUGCAGUGUCGAUCGACUCAAGCCACUAACAGUGAUGGGCUUUGUUUUGAGGAAAUGUCCCAGUGGUCGAACUCACUGGACAGACUGCUAUCAUCCAAAUAUGGAAUGAGCAUAUUCCAGGCCUUCCUGAAGUCAGAAUUCAGUGAUGAAAACAUUGAAUUCUGGGUGGUGUGUGAGGAUUAUAAGAAGAUCAGGUCAUCCUUCAGGAUGUCCUCCAGGGCUAAAAAGAUCUUCAAACGCUACAUUCAAGCCGAGGCUCCCAGAGAGAUAAACAUUGACCACAAGACCAGGGAGGUGAUCAGGAGGAACAUUAUGGCGCCUUCCGCGGUGUGUUUCGAUGAUGCCCAAAAGAUUGUCUACGGGUUGAUGGAGAGAGAUUCCUACCCACGUUUCCUCAAGUCUGACAUUUACAGGACUUUACUGGACUCCACAUCCGAAUCAGUGAAGAUGUAAAGAGAACAGACACCAGAGACUUUGCGUUUGUAGAAGCUGGACUGUAAAGCUGUGCCCAAAAAAUGCUGGAUUACCUGAGAGAAGUUGUGUUUGUGGCCAUGAUCACUGAACAUUUCUAAGACAUUCAUACAUUUCUUCUCAGUUGGGGUUAGCUAAGACCUCAUAUGACUGUUAGAAGAGAGAAGCAGCUGGUUCUGCAGUGAAGAAAGCCGAGGAGAGUUUGCUCAGAACCAUACAGGAUGAUGGGAAAUGAGGCAUACGGGUUAAAAAUGACUCUACUUAAUUAAAAAGCAGCUGCUGUGAAAUUAUCUGUAAAGUAAAGGACUUCCCAGAGAUGCUACGAUUAGGUAAAGAAAAUGCGAGGGACUUUCUGUGAGAGACACCAGGAAGUGAAUGUGGUGCAAAAAACACCUUCCACCCAAGAUGAAAGUGCACAAGCUGGUAGAUUCACACAUCACCCUCUGUUGAUGUUAUCUCACUAGAGUCAUAAAUAUGCAGAUCCUAUCUAGAUGUGGAUAUUUUAUAUUCGGCCUUCUGCAUCAAAGAUUUUUCCAUUUUGACAUCAGUGCUGACCUGCUGGACUGAUAUGUUAAGCAUGUGUUAUAAGCUAUAUAUUGAUAAAGCAUUCAAGCUUGUGAAAACAUUGUGAACGAGAAUAUUAUACUGGAUUUCUGUAUUUAAUAAAAACCUUACAUUUGCGUCA